CCGGGCGCCGCCGCCAUGGUGCUCAUCAAGGAAUAUCGUGUUAUCCUGCCUGUGUCUGUGGAGGAGUAUCAAGUGGGACAGCUGUAUUCUGUGGCAGAAGCUAGUAAAAACGAGACUGGUGGAGGGGAAGGAGUGGAGGUCCUGGUGAAUGAACCCUACGAAAGAGAUGGCGAGCGUGGCCAGUACACACACAAGAUCUACCACUUACAGAGCAAAGUGCCAACAUUUGUGAGAAUGCUGGCCCCAGAGGGAGCUCUCAAUAUCCAUGAAAAAGCAUGGAAUGCCUAUCCCUACUGCAGAACCGUUAUUACAAAUGAGUAUAUGAAGGAUGAUUUCCUGAUCAAAAUUGAAACCUGGCAUAAAUCAGAUCUUGGAACACAAGAGAAUGUUCAUAAACUGGAGCCAGAUGUAUGGAAAAAUGUAGAAGCUAUUUAUAUAGACAUUGCUGAUCGGAGUCAAGUACUUCCCAAGGAUUACAAGGCAGAAGAAGAUCCAGCAAAAUUUAAAUCUGUAAAGACUGGACGUGGACCUCUGGGCCCCAACUGGAAGAAGGAGCUGGGGAAGCAGACGGAUUGUCCAUACAUGUGUGCUUAUAAACUGGUAACAGUCAAAUUCAAGUGGUGGGGUCUGCAAAGCAAGGUUGAGAACUUUAUACAGAAGCAAGAAAAGCGUCUCUUCACAAACUUCCAUCGGCAGCUCUUUUGCUGGCUUGAUAAGUGGGUUGAUCUGACUAUGGAGGACAUCCGUAGGAUGGAGGAGGAGACCAAGAGACAGCUGGAUGAGAUGAGAGAAAAAGAUCCAGUGAAAGGAAUGACAGCUGCAGAUGACUAAUGUGACUUCUUCCUUGUGCACUUUUGCAAGACAGUCAUCAGGAAGGCCUGGGGAAUCCACACGCUUGACUGAUGGACCAUCUCUGGAUCAAGCCUUUCUAUAUCCAAUCGGCAGGCGAUUUUAAGUCUCCCUUAGCUAAUUCUAGAUGCCCUUUAAUAUUGUGAGCAAAUAGACUGUCUGGUACUAAGCACUCCAAUGUUAGCACGUAUAUGAAGGAGGUAGCUCCUUGGAGACGUGUGACUUAGAGAUCGCUGUAUUUACGACUCCUCCCUCCUUUCUUUUUUCAUUGUGUUCAGACCAACUUCCAUGUGGCCCUGUUUGAUUUCCAAGUGUCAUUUUUAGCUAAAUUAGUCUUGUGAUGUGGUGACUUAGAUUUUUUUUUUUUUUUUUCCAACUGGGAUAAACUGCCACCUUUGUUUCUGCCCAGCCCUUCACCAUUCUUUGAAAGUCUGUUUGGAGAGGGAAACAGUCAAUAUUUUAGAGUGCAAAACUAUUCCAUAAACUUCUGUGCUCUGACCUUGCUCCCGAGGUAACAAAUUUGACAGCGUAUCAUCUGAAUGCAUAAUCAGGAGUAGCCAGAUACAGCUCUUGGUCUGCAAUGAGUACGUGGCUUCUGCACAGCAAUAUCUCAACUCACCUGUGCUAAGACAGAAUAAAGACUGAGCAGAAGCCGUGUUGGGCAGCCCCAUGCUGGGUCCUUCUGCAUAGAACUGGAGUUUCAGUUCAGUGACCCCCUUGUGCUCCCUUUGGCCUCUGUCAUCCUGUUGUCCUUUAGCUUUGUGUGUCAGUCUUAGAAAAUCACUGUAAAAACUCACUUGACAAAUGUUGCAACUUCCUGGUUCUUUCUUUGGUGAGAUUUAGCAUAGCACACCAAAUUAAAAAUAUUUUGAUUAAUAAUAAUGUGAUUCUCCCGGGCAAAUUAGAACGUAGCAAAGCUCGUGUUUAAGUAAAGUUUUUGGUAUCUGAUUACCUUCAGGUGCCUGGGUCGGUGGUUCUGCUUAGCAAUAAUAUUCUUCCCAUUGCCAGACUGACUUGAAAUGUGCUGCUUCUUUCUAGAGAACAGUAACUUACAAAAACCUGCAGUUGUUUUUUAGGAGACCUGCCAGUUCUUCUAAGUUACAACAGAUUCUGUUGAACAAUGAAAUCAGCUCUGGGUAUUUAAUGAACUCUAACUCUUUCUGUAACUAUCCUUAUGUUGAUAUCAGCUUUAGACAAUCAAAUAAGCAGAAUAGAAUUACAAAAAAAAAAAAAAAAAAAAAAAGUGCUUUUUAAGAAUAUAUGAGAGACAUCCCCCCCUCCAGCUUCUCUGCUUAUGAGUCAGGCCCAGGGUUUGACACCCCCCACAAUAGGCAUCACUUUAUUUUCCAUUUCUGUAUUUGUUGGCACCAAUGGAAAAUACUGUAUGCCAAACACAGACGUGGGUGUAUCUGCACUUUCAAGGAGUGUUUCGGGCACUUACUAACACAUCUGACUCCUUCAGCCCUUUCCUGCAAGCAGGAAACCCUGAAACGGCCCCAGGCCAUGCUGAAAAGUACUGCUUGGGUCUGAACUGUUUUCAGCGCAAGGAAAGACAACUCAAGAUCCGGAGGGAGAGGAUGGCUUUUGGUUACUGGGGAGGGGGCAGUUUAUCCCUUUUAUUUUUUUAGUUUGUUUUUUUGCCUUACUCAUGUCUAAGUGCAAUAAGCUCUGAAUUGUACCAGUAACUCUGGCGGGCUCUUCUCAGUGACCUCAGGCGGUUUUGCGGGGUGGGAGGGAUGAGGGAUUUUUAGCAAACUCACCAGGCAGAAGUAAAACAAACUUACUGUAAAACCGGCGAAGAUACUAAAUCUUAAUCUGCAAGGCUGUUUGGGACCAGGAUAUUGUUUCAUGGCAUCUUCUCUAGGUGUUCAAGAAGUAUUUUAGGAGUGUAGGCCCCACUUAAUAGUUCUUUCAGUUUAAAAUACUUUUAACUAAAAAUUGAUGCACUGACUUCUGUUUGUGUUCGUUGGUUACGUUUCGAGGGAUUCUUACACUUGAGGACAACUCGAGAAAACAUAGCACGUUUGUUCUUUAAAUUUGUGUUAUCCAAGAGGCUUUCUGGCCGAUGACACUAAUCGCUGUGGAAGCAGAUUGUAGCAUUCCACCGUGCAAUCCUGUGCUGAUCCUCUGUUUUCA